UUUAUCCCUGAGGGUGGAGGAGGCCCUGACUGGAACUGAGAGACCUGAUGAGAGUUCUGGCCAAGGACUGGAAGAGGCCUAGUUCUGUGAAACAAACGCAUUCAGUAAAAACUAUAUUUGGAAAUAUCACUUCUUGGCAAUUCUAAGUGAAAAUUGCUUGACUGGAUGUCAUAAAUGUAGGCAUGGAUAGAUAAGAAAGGGUUUUGCAUUUAUGAAGGAUCUUGGCCUGAAAUGUUUACUGUCUAUUUUCCUCCAUACACUGAGCACAGAGUUAAGGAGCACCACAGUGCAGAAGCAGACCCUUCAGCCCAUCUAAUCCUUGCCUAGUUCCAUUGACCUGCACUCCGUCCAUAGCCAUCUACCCCCUCCACCCAUCCAUGUACCUAUCCAAAUUUCUCCGAAAAUUUGAUCUUUAAUCUACACCCACCAUUUCCACUGGCAGCUUGUUCCACACUUUCACCACCUCUGCUUUCCAUUGAGCUGAAAAACUACAUAUUAUUCUCUUCUCAAGAAAGAAAGCUAAAGUUAACUAGGAAGUUGGUGAAGACAUAAUUGUUGUAUGCAGUUCUGGUCACCUACCUUCAGGAAAGAUAGCGAUGAGAUUGAAAGAGUGCAGAGAAACUUUACAAGGACAUUGCCAGGAGUUGAGGCACUGAAUUAUAGAGAAAGGUUGAAUAGGUUAGGACUUUAUUCCCUAGAAUGUAGGAGAAUGAGGAGAGAUUUGAUAGUGGUAUACAAAAUUAUCAGGGGUAUAGAUAGGAUAAAUGCAAGCAGGCUUUUUCAACUGAGCUUGGAUGAGACUAGAACUAGAGGUCAUGGGUUAAUAAUAAAAUGUUUAUAGAGCUCUUUUCAUACAGAUGGUGUAGAUCAAAGUGUUUUACAAUGGGAUAAAGGGCCAACAUGAAAAUAAUAGACAAAAAGCUGUUGUUAAAAGCUAGGUUAAAUAAAUAGGUUUUGAGCUUGUGUUUAGAACAGUCUGCAUGCCUUACAGUUUUUAAGCACACAGUCCACAGGUUGGGAGCGUAGUUCAAAAAAUCUGAAUGGCCAAUUGUCUUUUGAGGGAGGUGGUUUAAAUUUAAGAGGCUGGCAGAAGAAGACCCGAGAGCUUGAGCAGGGUUAUAAACUGAAAUGAUGCUGUGUUGUACUCUGAUCCCAGACUAUGAAGUGCUUUAAAAACAAAUAAGAGAGCUCUUAAAAAUCAAAUCUGAAAGACACAAGGAACGAGGUGGGAAUGGUAUGCUCUCUUAUCCUUGUUUUAGUCAAAGGUCUAGCAGCUACUUUCUGAAUGAGUUAAAGUUUGUCGGUAGAUUGCUUUGGAAGGCCAGUCAAAAAUACAUGGCGGUAAACUAAUCUAUUCAAUAUAAAGGCAUGGAUUAGUCUCUCCGCACCAUUACGUGACAAACAAAUGUGCCUUAGCAGUAUUUCUUAAGUGUAGAAAUGCUGUUCUGAUUAAUUUCCUUAUGUGGGACUUAACAUUCAAAUCUGAAUCAAGGAUAGUAUCCAGGCUUGUUCAAGGGGAGCCAAGUUCUCAAAUUUAUCAGGAAGUUUAUCUCUUUUGGCUUUGGGACCAACCAAAAGAAUUUUAAUCUUUAUUUAGUUUUAGGAAGUUAUUGCUUAAACAUUUGUUUAUUGCAGCCAUACCAGAAGUUGGAGAGAAGAGGCUGCUAUCGUCAUCGGGCUCACCCGAGAUGUACAGUCGUGUGCCACCUACAUAACCGUGGAAAUCGAGCUUGUUCUCCAAUGCUGACUCCUAAGGGGAGUAGGUUAAGGGUGAAAAGUGAAACCUUUACGGGGAACUUUUUCACUCGGAGGGCUGUGAGAGCAUCAGAAUGGUGGAUGCGGGUUUGAUUUAGACAUUUAACAGAAAUUUGGAUCAGAAAAUGGAUGGGGGAUGUAUGGUCUGAGUGCAGGUCGAUGGGACUAGCGAGAAUAAUAGUUCAGCAUGUCUAGAUGGGCUGAACGGCCUGUUUCUAUGCUGGGCUACUCUAUAAACUAUAGGCCAAUUAUAGUUAUUAUACCGACAGACAUUCUUCCCCAGCUCCUCCAGCUCCUUUUUGUCUUGCUCCAGAUUUCCAGGACCUGUAACCUCUUGGGUCUGUCUUGCAUUUGUACUGCCUUCUUUAUGACCUGAGGCCAAUGAAAUACUUUUUGAAAUAUGAUGACAAGUGUGACCCCCAGGUUUAUAGUAAACAACACACCGCGAUUGCAUCUCUCUGCUCAAAGGGUCUGGAUUCAAUCCCAGAUGCCAUCACUGAAGGCAUGUGCCCCCUAGUGGCAGACACUAAAUCACCAGCUGGAGCAGUGUACAGGAUCACGGCAGCAACCUUGCACUCAAAGGCUCAAAGCUGAUUAACCUUUCCCACUCAUGCAUAUUCAACAAUACCAAAAUAUAAUAUCUCUACAAUAGGAAGCAACUAUGGAGGCCUCUUUGACAUACCUAUAAAGGGUGAGAGCUAUAUCAUUCUACAUCUAUCCAAGAUCUGAGCAGAAAUAACACGUUUUGUUAUCGUCUCACAGAUCCUGGAAAUUUAUUUUUGUUGUUUUUAUUAUCUCCCUGUUUCCGCUACCAUUCAACCAUUUCUUUUUGCCUCCCACUUUUCUUCCCCGUCCUCCUCCCUUCCUUGCAACCUUGUACUCAAUGUCAGUAAGACCAAGAAAUUGAUUGUGGAUGAAGAAAAGGGUGAAUUUCUGAAUUGGGUGACAUGCACCAGUCCUCAUCGAAGGGUCAGCCGUGGAAAGGGUGGGCACUUUCAAGUUUCUGAGGAUUUAUCCUGGGCCCAACAUACUGACACAAUUACAAAGAAGGCACGACAGCAACUAUACUUCAUGAAGGAGCCUUGGGUCCAACACCACCAGGUUCAGGAACAGUGUGAACCAGUGUGGGUAACUACGCUCACCUCAGCUCUGAACUGAUUCCACAACCUGGAGACUCUUUACAACUCAUUGCCUCAGUAUUGUUUUUUUUUACACAGUUUGUCUUCUUUUGCACAUUGAUUAUUUGUCAGUCCUUGUUUAUGUAUAGUUUUUCAUUAAUACUAUUUUAUUUCUUUUCUGUAUUGCUUGUAAGAAAUUAAAUAUCAAGGUAACACAUGAACAAAUAUGUACUUGGAUAGUAAAUUUUGCUUUGACUUUGGUUCUGUCAUGAUACUACCUUCAGUUCAUCACACAAUGUUAGGCCUCUCUAUUGGAUGGGGUCGAUCUUAGAUGUUGUAUCCCAACUGUCUAUAUGAUGCACAAUCCAGGGCAGUAGGAUAUGGAGAGCUCCAAAGGAAUGGAAAAGAUACAGUUUGGCACCUGCAAAGUUGCAGGAGAUGCCAGUCAGCAUUGAACUCAAUGUAAGACAGUCUUAGGGGGUCUAGCUCCGGACUUUUCCUUGGGGCUCACUCUCGAAGCCUUCCCCAUGAGUGAGUAUAAUCGCAAGGCAGCGGAGGUCUGAGAUCAGAGUUUUCUUUCUCUUUGAAGAGCUGCUAACCAUGGCUGACAAGCCCCAUCUCUUUUGAAGACAACUGGUUUUAAGGUGUUUGCUCCUUCUCCUCCAGUAGAAUUGGUUCUGCUGGGCUUGGUAGCCAAGCUGCAUGUGAAGGCCAUAGAAGGAAAAUCUGGUUUCACAAUGGGAACUCUACCAAUUAUAUUAUUCCUUUCCACAAGUACUUUGAUACUUGCCUUUGAGAUUGGCACUGAGAAUGACUACACCUGGCAUUUACAGAGGGCACCUCAAGUGUUGGACAAAAGAACCAUGACCAUUAAACCUCCAAGGUUUGCAGCUAAAACCAAAUUGUUGCUUAACUCGACCUGUGGGAUCGCUUGCCAAAAGAAACUACCAUCACCAACUGUGUCUGACCUCCAGAAUUACCUUUCGUAUGAGACGGUGUACAGUAAUGGGACACGCACAGUGACUGAGGUAAACAUCAGAGAAUUUGAUCUGAAACACGAACUUGAGUACACCAAGAGUAGCAGUUCCUCGAGGAGGAGGAGGAAGAGGCAGGUCUUCGGGUUGGAUAGCAGGUUCAGCAUCAGCCAGAAGCAGUUCAUUACUAACUACCCCUUCAACACUGCGGUGAAAAUCUCCACAGGAUGCACAGGCAUUCUGGUAUCCCGGAAACACGUGCUGACAGCGGCUCACUGCAUCCACGACGGCAAAGACUACGUGAAAGGCGCCAAGAGGCUCCGAGUUGGAUUCCUAAAGAUGAGGUCCAAGGGAGGCGGUCGAAGAAGAGGGUCCAAGCGGAUUAAACGAUCAACGAAGGAUAAGCCUUCUUUCCAGUGGUCCAGGGUCGUACGCACCCAAGUACCAAAGGGCUGGUUCAAAGGCGUCGGAGAAGAUACUGCAAUCGAUUAUGACUACGCCAUUCUGGAGCUGAAAAGGGCUCAGAAGCACAAGUACAUGGAUAUCGGCAUUAGUCCCCCCGUGCAGAACAUGCCGAGCAGCCGGAUUCACUUCUCGGGCUUUGAUAACGACCGGCCAGGCAAGUUGGUUUAUCGCUUUUGCACCGUGUCUGAUGAGUCCAAUGACCUGCUCUACCAGUACUGCGACGCCCAGCCCGGAUCGAGCGGCUCGGGCAUCUACGUUCGGCUUCGGGAGCCCGGGCAGCAUGUCUGGAAACGGAAAAUCAUCGGAGUCUUUUCCGGUCACCAGUGGGUGAAUAUCAACGGCGGGCAACAGGAUUACAAUGUGGCCGUGCGCAUCACGCCUCUUAAAUACGCACAGAUCUGCUUCUGGAUACAUGGAAACUAUGCUGAUUGCAGAGAUGGUUGACGGAAUCUGUUACUCACUUUUGCAUCUGCGUACUUCUGUACAAAUAUUGGCUGAACUGGAUGAUAGUUUUCCUCUGAGAGUCAUUAAAAAGACAAGUGCAAUUUCAUCUUGAUUAUAAUAAUCUGUUCAGGGUGCUCUAAUUUAUGAAAUUGUAAACUUAACAACAGCCUUUCAGAGCAUAUCAAUAACUGGGGUGCAUUGCUGUCAGAUAUUCGACUUACUUAGUUAAUUAUUAAUCUGCACGAUUGAGAUAUUCAAAGCCGGUACAAACCCAGUAAGUAUUUAGUUAAUGGUGUUGAAAGUUCCAUGUAUUAAAAUGUCUCCUUAUUCUCAUUUCUAAUGUUAUUUCUAAAGUGCUGACGGAUUCACUGCCACAAUUUCUAGAUGGUUAGAAUCAGAAUCAGGUCUGUUAUCACUGGCAUACGAUAAGUUGUGAAAUUUGUUGUUUUGUGGCAACAGUUCUUUGCAAAAAUACAUAGUUAUAAAACAUAAAUUACAAUAAGAAAUUAAAAAUUGAAUUAAAUAUGUAGUGCAAAAAGAAGGGAAAAAAUUUAAAAACUAAAAAUAUAGAGGUUGUGUCCAUUCAGAAAUCUGAUGGUGGAGGGGAAGAAGCUGUUCCUGCAAUGGUGAGUGUGUGUCUUCAGACUCCUGUGCCUCCUUCCUGAUGGUACUAAUGAGAAGAUGGCAUGUCUUGGGUGAUGGGGGUCCUAAAUGAUAGAUUUUAUUUUUUGUGGCAUCUCCUUUUGAAGAUGUCCCCGAAAGCUAGGGAGGCCAGUGCCCAUGAUGGAGUUGGCAGAGUUUACAACUUCCUGCAGCUUUUUCUGAUCAGUCCAGACAGUGAUGCAACCAGUUAGAAUGCUCUCCAUGGUACAUCUGUAGCAACUUGCAAUUGUCUGGUGAGGUACUAGUUCUCCUCAAAGCCCCUAAUGAAAUAUAGCCACUAUUGUGCCUCCUUUGUAUUGUAAACGAAACACUAUUCAUUCAAAUUUUAAGCCAUUUCUUGUAUAAAGCUACAUCAACAUGUACUUGCAUCGAACUUAAAAUGCCUUGUAAUCUAGGGGAAGUGAUUCUUCCCCUUGUACUGAUUCUGCAUUACAUCAUUUGCUGUUGAAGAUAUAUGGUAGGUGAUCUUCAUAGCUUUUUUCCUCCAUGAAGGGAAUACGUUAUUGUCAAUUUUUUAAUGACUUUAGCACAAAUAUGCCACUUAGUAAAUAAACUGCCAAAAUGGAAUGCAUUCUACAAAUAGAUAUAGUCCAGGUCCUCCUCAUGUUCAAAGUAGAUUUAUUUUCAAAGUACGUACGUGUUCUAAAAAAAAUUAUUUAGAGAUUCAGCCCCUUGAGCUGCAGCAAACCCCAUUUUAACCCUAGCCUAAUCACGGGACAGUUUGCAGUGACCAAUUAACCGACAUCGUUGGACUGUGGGAGGAAACUGGAGCACCCAGAAGAAACCCCGGCAUUCCACAGUAUGGACUCCUUAGAGAAGAUGCCGAAUUCCAAACUCCGAAGCCCCAAGCUGUAGUAGUGUGGCACUAACUGCUGCACCACUGUGAAGUAUUUGUACAUCUAUACUACUCAGAUUCAUUUUCUUGCAGGCAUCCAAUAGGGUGAAUAGGGUGAAUGGAAAACUACUACACACAGACUGAUGUCUUCCACAGGGCUCCCUUGCUGCCAUCUGGUGGUAGCCCAGACAAUGUGCAAGUGGGAAAGGUGAUCAUGAACCAAAUUCACACACAGCCCAGUAUGUCAGUAGCCCUGUUGCAAAUUCACCUCGCCCAUCUCCAAAGCACCUGUUUGUGGGUGCAGGCUGUACCUAAACCAGGCAUUCGUACACAAGGGAGGGCCUGAAGUUACAAAGCUAAGUAAAAUCACAGUAUGGAGAAAACUGCAGCUUGUAACUUGACAAAAGGAAUUGAAUUCACACAACAGAUGUUCACACAGUCAAAGUGUAAUUAAAUGGAUGCAGUGAAUGAAAAUGUAAAUGGGAUUUGUUAGUUAAAUUUAUUUAAAUUUCAACCAUCAUUUCAUUCUUUUCAUGACCUCUGCUCUCCUCUGAACCCAUAAAAAGUAUUGAGGUCAAAAGUACUAAUAGAAUCCAGUACAUUUGUAGCCAUCCACUAAGAAUGCCUUAUUCAAGGUUCAAGAUUGUUUAACAACAUUUCCAGUACAUGGUGUAAAUGCAAACAAAAUAAUUGUUAUUCUGGAUCCGAUGCAGCACCAAAGAGAAGCAGUAAAAUAAAGAACACAAUAAUUUAAAGAAAACAAUAAAUAUUGAUACUUAAGAUAGCUUAUAAACAUAAUUGAUUGUAUGUCUGUAAAGUGAUGCUGAGCACAGGAGCGUCUGUACAUAAAGUGACUGACAGGAAAUGAUAAAGGGGUGGAAGGGUGGGUUAGUGGGUCAAGGUGUUGAUCAGCCUAUGGAGUUACAGGAGUGAAUGAUAUUUCAAUGGGAUUUGUCAUUCUGUAUGGCAAAUCAAAUCAAUCUCUCUAAAAAUGUAUUGUCAGAAGCUUUUAUUUUUCAAUUGCAUCUAGCUAACAGUGUAGAUUAGAAACUAAUGCUUCAGGUAACAACCUGAUCAUUUGAUUGCUAACAGCACAUCAUUCUUAUUUAUACAGAGAACAAUGGCAAAGAUCUAUAGGUUUGUAUUCAUGAAGAAGGUAGACAAAAUGACAAAUGUUUCAGAACUUGUAACUGAGCAGAGUGGUAAAGGCCUAAACAUUUCCUGGCAAAUUCAGUGCUUUGAAAUCAGAUUCAGAACUCUGUCCUAAACAAAAACUCAAAUAAUAUUAGCUUGCUCCUAUUUCAGGAGGACAAGAAUAUUGAGUGAGGCAGAGAAUACCGCGGGAGUAUGGUCAGGUGCCAUGGUGGCAGAGCGUUAGUGCAAUGCUCAGGGUGUUGGAGUUCAAUUCCAGCGUCCAUUGUAGGCAAGUUUAUACAUCCCUUCACGUGUAUUCCCCCCCUCCCCCCAAUGCUCCGGGUUUCCUCUCACAGUCCAAAGACUUACUGGUUAGUGGAUUAAUUGGUCAUUGUUAAUUGUCCUGUGAUAAGGUUAGGGUUAAAUCAAUGGGUGCCAUAGCUUGAAGGGCUGGAAGGGCCAGUUCCACACUGUAUCUCUAAAUAAAUAAAUAGAUAUACGAAGAAUAAUGUCUGUGAAAAGUUUGAGGCAAGUUCUACCACUUUAUAAGGGCUGGAGCCUCCCUGUCUGUUACAUUCACUGUCAUUGCAUGUUAGGUGACAGUAAAGAUUGAAUAGGGGGAGAAAAAGGGAUUUAGCUGAGAAUUGUGAAAUGGUGCACACUGUUAACUAAAGAUAAAUAGCUAUACUCAAAGCACAACACCGUCGAGGGAAUUCUACACAACACUUCAAGGAAAUAUUUAAAUAAUGAUGGUCAUCAACAAAUAGAACUUGAAGUCAUUUAUUUUGAAUUAAUGACAAGCACACAAAAAUUUUUAUUUAUUUGUUAGAACUAGAUUUUGAUUAACUAUAUUCAAGAAAAUCACAGAUUUUUCUAUUUGAGAUCUAUAUUGAGAAUAUGUUCACCUAAGAUAAUUAGUAAUUAAAUUCAUUCCUUUAGAAAAAUAAUCUAGCUAGGUAAUAGCUGAUGAUGGCCAUUAAAUAAAAUAAAGAUAUAAAAAUAAAGAUUAGCUUUAUUUGUCACCAGUACAUCGAAAAAUUGAAACAUCUACUGAAAUGUGUGUGUCAAAUCAUAUCCGUGAGGAUGUGCUGGGGGCAGCCACAAGCGUCAUCAGGUUGCUGGUACCAACGUGGCAUGCCCGCAACUUACCAGCCCUUAUCAGUAAGUCUUUGGAACGUGGGAGGAAACCAGAGCACGUGGCGGAAACCCAUGUGGUCACAGGGAGAACGUACAAACUCCUUACAGACUGCAGCUGCUCUAUCGUGCCACUCUAAAUUCAUUAAGGGGAAGAAGAAAAAAAAAAUAACAACCCAGGUAAUUUUGUUUUUUUUUUGCUUUGGGCAAAAUAUAAGUUGCUUUGCAUAUUUGCUCUUAAGUGUCAUUUUAAAAUAAAACUCUGAAAUGCAUGGUUAGACAGUGGCACUUUUGAUAGAUUCACUGUUUUGAUGUACAGUAUAUUGUAAGACAUGAUCUAUGAAUCUCACUGUAUGUUGAGCAGAAAAAUACAGAUUUUCACUGUU